AUGACAAGAACAAUUGAGAAUCAUAUUAGGUACUUCUCACAUGAAGCAAUCAACAAAUCAAAUUCUAGCAUCCACGCUACUGCUAAUCUGCUAGGUUCAUUAAAUCCGUCAACAAUAAAACUUGCAAGGGCUCUGAGCUCAUCACUAAAUGGAACUGAACUAGAUUUCGGUACCAUCCAAAAGACGGUUGCACCAACAUUAUUUCUGGCACUUUCGACAAUUGCACACAUCUCACAGGUCACUUAUAUAGGACUGGAUGACCUAUUAUUCUCACUGUAUAACUCUUUAUAUCCUGAAUGGAGUCGAUUUGGAAUGGGCAUUCAAUCUACUGUAGUGUUCUCCAAUACUACUGGAAAUUGGUACACUCAACCAAUAAAUAGGGACACUGGAAUGCCAUAUGGAGUCCCUGUUAGUAUUGAUUCAAACUCUAUGUUCUCAGUAAAUGCUGGUUGGUUCCAACAAGCAUUGAACAACCCAAGUGGGUAUUCGUGGUUAGGGACCAAAUGUGAUCGAGCUCAAGAUAGAUUGUUUUUUAGUAGUGCUGCUGUAGAUGGAAGAGGUGUGGUUUCGCUUGGUAUGCAAGCACAGGUUGUUGUUAAUCAUUUCAACGCUGUAGAUUUUUAUGAAGGUUAUUUUCACUUGGCUACUUCAAAUGGCCAAGUGAUUGUGCAAUCGAAACAUCCCAAUACUCAGUUUCAGAUUACCAACAACACGGUUACGGUGCAAGAAGUGAAUGGUUUACUUGGGCUUUUGUUGUUCAUAAUUAUUGUUUCUCUUUGCUUGUUUAUAUUCUGGAUCAUAAGAGCUGCAAAUAGAGAAAUGAUCUUAUGUGCAUGCAUCAUAAAACAAGAAGGUGCAACUCGCCAAGCAGAGCGCAAAAGUAUGAACAAGACUAAAGCCUUCAGUAGGGCUAACCAUGAUGUACGCGCUUCUUUGGCAGCCAUCACUGGUUUGAUAGAGCUGUGUUAUCAAGAUGCCAAACCGGACUCUGAGUUAGCAGCAAAUUUGGGACAAAUGGAUACUUGUACAAAGGACCUCUUAGGCAUAUUGAACACUGUUCUGGACAUAAGUAAAAUUGAAGCUGGAAAAGUGGAACUUGAAGUAGAAGAAUUCAAUCUAGCUCAGCUCCUCGAGGAAGUUGUUAAUAUGUUCUAUCCUACUGCUAUAAAGAAAGACGUAGAUAUAUUGCUUGAUCCUUGUGACAACUCACUUGCCAAAACAUGCCAUGUUAAGGGAGAUAGGGGAAAACUCAAACAGAUCUUAUGCAACUUGAUUAGUAAUGCUGUGAAGUUCACAUCCGAAGGUCAUAUCACAGUUCGGGCCAUGGUUGCGAAAACAAGUUAUGAAAACUCAAUAAUUGCUUCUAAUCGUAGUAGCAUGUUGAAGUGGCCAUGGUGGUUUUACAAGGGUGAGGAAGCAUUCAGUGAUUAUGAUGCCCUUCAUCGAGCUGAAAAAGACCCUAAUUCCACAAAGUUUGUCAUUGAGGUGGAUGAUACAGGUGAGGGAAUUCCAAAAGACAAACGAGCAUUUGUUUUUGAAAACUUUGUUCAGGUUACGGAUAGUGUUACUGGAAAAGAAGGUUCUGGCUUGGGACUUGGCAUUGUUGAAUCUUUGGUGCGUCUAAUGGGUGGGGAAAUAAAAAUUCUUGAUAAAGAAGCUGGUGAGAGGGGAAGUUGCUUCAGCUUUGAUGUUUCUCUGCAGACAUACAAACCGGAUUUUGGUGAUUUGGAUGAGGAGGAAUGGCCUCUUCAACCUUUUGGAACACCGCUUUUGCCACCGUCACCUAAACCAGAAGGAUCUCGUGUUGUGCUCUUUAUAAAAGGCAAUGAACGAAGAAAGAUGUUGGUGAAGUACAUCAGGAGCUUGAACAUAAAAGUUACAACAGCAAAGCAUGUUAAACAACUUGUUCCGACACUUGGGAAGAUCAAAUGCAAGUUAGACCUCUCCUACUUCAGAUAUUCAGACACCCCAUCAGAGUUUCUUGAACAGAUGAACACCUCUCCAUCCAAUAACUCUGAUUCAAGACCAAGUGCCGAGUCUCAAAGAAGUAUCAAGGAAAUUGAAGAUGAUAAAAAGUCCAGCUCGAGAACUGCGUUUGCAGGCAUUGUCCUAAUAGUGGUUGACACAAAUGCUGCUGCUUUCACUGAGCUAUAUGACAUUGUAGCUAAGUUCAGGAAAGGUAUUCAUAGCUCUAGAUGCAAGGUUGUGUGGUUAGACAGUUCAAUCAUGCGAAACACAGUGCAGCUAGAUGAGCAUAAUCUUGCCCCUCCAAAUGAUUACAUCAUAUACAAACCGUUUCAUGGAUCACGCUUGUACAAAGUGCUUGGACUAAUUCCUGAAUUCAAGGGGUGUAACUUACCAAUGCUCGUAACAAGGAAAGCAGACACUCAAGAAGCGGAACGUGACAAGUCGGUAGAACCAGUUGAGAUAGUAAUAGAUAAAGGUGACGCGAAAAAAAGAGACUGGAGUCAGAAUGUGUUGUAUGGAAAGAAAGUCUUGGUUGUGGAUGAUAAUCCUACAUUGCGCUUGUUUUCGAGUCAAACUUUUCGCAGACUUGGAGCCAUUGUUGAAGUUUGCCAGAAUGGGAAGGAGGCAGUUGAUCAUGUUUGCAAAGCUCUACAUGAUCUCUUGGAGGAGGAGGAGGACAGCAAGUCUAGAGCCGUUCCUUAUGACUAUAUUUUCAUGGAUUGCCAGGUAACAUGAUUGAAACACUCUUGUAGGAUCUAUUUUUCUUCAUGUUUGUUAUGUUUUUCUUAUCAUCGUGUUAUGCAGAUGCCGGUAAUCGACGGAUAUGAAGCAACAAGACUGAUAAGGAUGGAGGAAAAGAAGUACAACAUUCAUAUUCCGAUAAUAGCAUUAACAGCAUGUGCAAUGACUGAGGAAGUGCGCAAGAUGUAUGAAGCCGGAAUGGAUUACCAUUUGAUUAAACCUAUGACAAUCGAGAAUUUGAUCAAAGUUAUUCGGGUGAUUGACAACAAGUGA